CUGAGUUUUACCGUUUACAUUUUACGGCUGUUUAUUAAGUUAUUAAAUAAGUUUUUUUGCUUGUUUGUGAGUGGUCGUGAAGACAGUGCUGCUACGAUGUGGAUCCAGGUGCGCACCAUGGACGGCAAGGAGACCCACAGGAUCGACUCGCUGUCCAAACUCACCAAGGUGGACGAUCUGAGGACCAAAAUCAUGGAGCUGUUCAACGUGGAGCCAGACAGACAGAGGCUCUUCUACAGAGGGAAGCAGAUGGAGGACGGCCACACUCUCUUCGACUACAGCGUGGGGCUGAACGACAUAGUCCAGCUCCUGGUCCGACAGGCCCCUCCUACUCCCGCCGCCGGCGCUCUGCCCAAAGACAAGGAGGGCGAGCUGUCUGACUCCGACUCCGGCUGCGGUUCCGGACAGAGCGAGUCGGAUAAGAACUCCACUCACGGAGAGUGCGAGCCCCAGAGCGCCGGCGCGGCGGCGCCGCAGACCGACCUCGUCGACCCGGGAUUCGGGUCCUAUAAGAUAAACGAGUACGUCGAUGCCCGAGACUUGAACAUGGGCGCUUGGUUCGAGGCUCAGAUCGUCAACAUCACCAAGACCCCCAAGAGCACCGAGGAGGGAAGCAUGGAGACGGAUGCAGAGGAGGAGAUUCGCUACCAUAUUAAAUACGAAGAUUACCCAGAGAACGGCGUGGUGCGGCUGCUCGGGAAGGACGUGCGUCCACGCGCCCGCACCGUCUACCAGUGGCACCAGCUGGAGGAGGGCAUGGUGGUCAUGGUGAACUUCAACACCGAUGAGCCUAAGGAGCGCGGCUACUGGUACGACGCCCAGAUCCAGAGGAAGAGGGAGACGCGCACCCAGCGAGAGGUCUUCGGCAAGAUACUGCUCGGGGAUGCUGGCGACUCUCUGAACGACUGCCGGAUCUUGUUCGUGAGCGAGAUCUACAAGAUCGAGGAGCCCGGGAGCUCGGAGGGACCUGCUGCUGCUUCCGACAGUCCUCUGAAGAGGUCGAACGGGCCGGAGUGCAAGCACUGCAAGGACGACCCCAAGAAGACCUGCCGCUGGUGUAACUGCCGUGCGUGUGGCAUAAAGCAGGACCCGGACAAGCAGCUCCUGUGUGACGAGUGCGACAUGGCGUUCCACACCUACUGCCUCGACCCACCGCUCACCACCAUUCCAGAGGACGAGGACUGGUACUGCCCGGAGUGCAGAAAUGACUCGAGCGAGGUCGUCCGGGCUGGCGAGAAACUUAAAGAGAGCAAAAAGAAGGCCAAAAUGGCGUCGGCCAGUUCGUCCAGCCAGAGAGACUGGGGCAAGGGUAUGGCGUGUGUGGGGCGCACCAAGCAGUGCACCAUCGUUCCCUCCAACCAUUACGGGCCUGUACCAGGUGUGUCUGUGGGUACGCUCUGGAAGUUUAGAGUGCAGGUGAGCGAAUCGGGAGUUCACAGGCCUCAUGUGGCCGGCAUCCAUGGAAGAAGCAACGACGGCGCCUAUUCUCUAGUGCUGGCCGGGGGCUACGAAGAUGACGUGGAUGAUGGAAACGAGUUCACCUACACCGGCUCUGGUGGUCGAGAUCUCUCCGGUAACAAGCGAACAGCCGAACAGUCCUGCGACCAGAAACUCACCAACAUGAACAGGGCUCUGGCUUUGAACUGUAACGCGCCAGUGAACGACAAGAACGGAGCCGAGGCGAAGGACUGGAAGGCCGGGAAACACGUGCGGGUGGUGCGCAGCUCCAAGGGCCGCAAGCACAGCAAAUUCAGCCCUGAAGAUGGGAACAGAUACGACGGCAUUUACAAGGUGGUGAAGUACUGGCCAGAGAAGGGCAAGUCUGGGUUCCUGGUUUGGCGGUACCUGCUGAAGAGAAACGAUGACGAACCAGCACCGUGGACCAAAGACGGCAAAGAGCGCAUUAAGAAACUCGGACUCACCAUGCAGUAUCCUGAAGGUUACCUGGAAUCUUUAGCCGCUAAAGAGAAGGAAAAAGAAAACAAAAAUGAAGAGGAGGUGGUCGAAACGCCAACCAAGGGCAAGAGAAAGAGGAAGUCUCAGACGGUUGAAGACGAGGACGAGAAGCGCUCGCCAGUCAAGAACACGCCCAAAAAGGUCAAAGUGGAGGCCUUCAAGCUGACCAAGGAGCAGAAAGCCUUGAUCAAAGAAGACCAGCUCAACAAGAAGCUCUGGGAUGAAGCCAUGGAGUCUCUAAGACUCGGACCGAAAUUCCUGAGCAAGGUGGAGGAGCUUUUCUUGUGCAUCUGCUGCCAAGAGGUUGUUUACCAGCCCGUCACCACGGAGUGCCAGCACAAUGUCUGCAGGGAGUGUCUCCAGCGUUCCUUCAAGGCGGAGGUGCACACCUGCCCGGCCUGCCGUCACGAUCUGGUCAAGGGCUACCCCAUGACGGUGAACAAAGCGCUCCAAGACAUCCUGACCCAGCUCUUCCCCGGGUACAGCAGCGGCCGAUGAUGCCCGCCGACCAGAAGCGGGACGCUCCCAUGAACUACUGCGAGAGCGGAACCGCGUGACGAGACUGAAUUCAUCAACAGAAUCUGCUCCACUGUUUAACAUUUAACGAGUCGCGUCCUAAUCUGGGUGUGGCGUCGUUUACACCCGCGUCUGUCCAUGCUCAUCGGGUAGGUACUCCACGCCCCACCCGUUUUUAAAAUAGGCUUUUAGAGAUGUUUUUAGGCGUAGGAGCGUCCGGUUGGAUCUUAAUUACUUACUCCGCACCAGCACAAACCUUCAGCUACGCACAACUGCACUAUUUUUCUCUCAGCAAAACGCUUCCUUUCUAUUUCUGACCCGGGAUAAGUGGACAUAUUUUGAUAGCAGGUAUGUAGGCAUGCACUGGCAUCGAUGAUCCUAAACAUUCUAACACGAUCGGAUUUCAGUACGGUCUCAGUACGUCGACCCUAUCUAGUGCUUUACUUGUGAUUAACUGAACCUAAUCGGCUGUUUUAUAUAUGAUCAGUUAUUAUAUAUAAAAUCGCAUCGUUACCCUUUUUGUAUUUGCUUUGCUUUCUAACUACUGUAUGUACUGUAGUUUUUUGUUUUUUUUAAUCUAUUUUGGCUUUUACUGCUUUGGUUUUUCUCUCCGUUAUGCAAUUCGGUCUCCCCCCGGUCCUCUGCGGAGGCUUCGGAGGGGGCCGCUCAGUUUACUUUGUUGGAACACCACACCACUGUGCACUUACUAUUCAGGCAAUAUUUAAUGUAACGACCAGGUCCAUAGCUUGGUUAUUUGUACCACGGUUUUUGCUAAAUAAACGCCUAAGGCUGCAGAUUGUUAUACCUCAAUUAUUUCAAACAUUGCAUCAAUUUAAAAUGUAUAUUCAGAAAUUGUAUAUUUUUAGCACUUGUAUUUAGCUGUUUUAUGUAGCUGUAGACGCCAGUUUUUCUUGCACUGCUGUAAGUGCGAUAUUUUUCAAUA